UGUAUCAUAUUCAUCAAGAGCUCUGCAAAAGCACUCUAAAUUGGGCAUUGCCACACAAAAAAAUAAUAAAAUAUGUCUCUCAGUAACUCAUCAUCACUUGUUCUAAUAACUUUGAUACUGGCCACAUCUGUCCUAGUCUCCGAGAGCCGGGUCGCAAGAAAAGACUUGGGUUUGGACCUUGGCGGGAUAGGUGCUGGUCUUGGUAUUGGUAUAGGUAUCGGUGGAGGAGGAUCCGGAUCCGGAGCUGGUGCCGGAUCUGGAUCUGGAGGAGGAGGGUCAAGCUCUUCUUCCUCAUCUAGCUCCAGCAGUUCUUCGAGCUCCGGUGGUGGUGGAGGUGAUGCGGGAUCCGAAGCUGGAUCGUACGCCGGAUCACGUGCCGGGUCUGGUUCGGGAGGGCGUUCGGGGUCAGGCCGUGGAAGGGGAAGUGGAGGAGGAGGGGGUCACGGUGGAGGAGGCGGAGGAGGAGGGGGUAGAGGUGGAGGUGGUGGAUCCGGUAACGGAGGAGGGUACGGUGAAGGCGGUGGAUAUGGAGGAGGAUACGGUGGUGGUGGCGACGACUGAAUGAAGAAUAUCGCAUGCAUGCAGAUAACACAUCGGUCAAGAUUGGGUUUUAAACGUAAUUAUAUUAUUAUGUUAUUAGUAUGAAAUAAUAAAACUAUAGAAAAGUAAAUUUUCUACAGUGGGUGAAUAAAGGAAAUGGAAACAGAUUCUAAUAUUGUUUGGUUAGCUAUGUACUAUUAUUCCAUAUUCGAAUUGGAUUCUUGGUGUUGUGGAUGUUUUUACUUUGUACUAUAUAAGUUGUAAUGUAAUUUCCCAAUUUACAUAGUUGACAAAAUAUGUCAUGUAGAAUUUUUUUUUCCCG